UCCCCUUCCCACAGCCAGAGUUGUACGGAGCCAGCCGCCGCUCCCAACUAGCCUGCAUCCCUCUUCAUCCUUCCCUCCCCCUGCCUGCCGCGGCACCGGUAUCUGCAGCCGGAGCCCGGAGCCGGUGAGGCGGCGAAGGGGGGAGGGGGAGGAAGCAAGGGAUGAGCGCCGGGAGGGCGUCGGGGGCCCUGAGCCGGACUAGGACGUCCCUGGAGCCGGAACCUGAGCCGGAGCCGGAGCCGGAACCAAACCACCGCUGCAGCCCCCUAACCCCAGGAGGCUCCCUGGCCCGCGCUCGCCCCCCAGGGCCUCAUGUCGGAACCACAGCCAGACCUGGAGCCGCCCCAACAUGGGCUAUACAUGCUCUUCCUGCUUGUGCUGGUCUUCUUCCUCAUGGGCCUCGUAGGCUUCAUGAUCUGCCACGUGCUCAAGAAGAAGGGCUACCGCUGCCGCACGUCGAGGGGCUCAGAGCCUGACGAUGCCCAGCUCCAGCCCCCUGAGGACGAUGACAUGAACGAGGACACCGUAGAGAGGAUUGUUCGCUGCAUCAUCCAAAAUGAAGCCAAUGCUGAGGCCUUGAAGGAGAUGCUGGGGGACAGUGAAGGAGAAGGGACAGUGCAGCUGUCCAGCGUGGAUGUUACGUCCAGCCUGCAAGAUGGAGCCCCUUCCCAUCAUCACACAGUGCAUCUGGGCUCUGCAGCCCCUUGCAUCCACUGCAGCCGCAACAAGAGGCCCCCACUUGUUCGCCAGGGACGCUCGAAGGAAGGAAAGAGCCGCCCCCGGCCUGGAGAGACCACCGUGUUCUCUGUGGGCAGGUUCCGGGUGACACACAUUGAGAAGCGCUGUGGACUACAUGAGCAUCGUGAUGGCUCUCCCACAGACAGGAGCUGGGGGUCUGGUGGAGGGCAGGACACAGGGGGUAGUCAGGGGUCUGGGGGGGCGCCCAGGGCAGGGAUACCUGCCAUUGAGAGCGUGCCCCCUGAGAGGCCACAGCCCCUGGGCCUCGCCAGUCCCCCAGUACAGAAUGGAGGACUCAGGGAUGGCAGCCUAGUCCCUUGUGCACUUGAGGGGAACCCUAGAGCCUCUGCAGAGCCCAUGCUAGGGUCUGGAGGGAAGGGCCCAAGCCCAGGACUGGCCAGGCGAGAGGCAACUGGACAGCCAAGCAAACUGGACACCUCAGAUCACCAGGUCUCCCCACCACGGGGAGCAGGGGGUGUGUGAGGCUCCUUCUUCAUUGUGCUGUUGGGACUACGAGCUGGCAGGGCCAGGGGGUGGGUGGGCAUGAAGGCGCUCCUUUCCACUGGACAGCACUGCCCCCCAGCUGAGGAACCAGCUCUACUUCCAUCUGGAGUUGCAUGGUUUCAGGCUGGGGGACCUCGGGAGAAAUCUCCCCACCUCCAUCCCUCAGUCUCUUUCACUUCCCCUGCCUGCCAACAGGCUGCCUGACCCCUUCCCCAUCACCUCGCUCCAUUUGCUAGAGCGUGGCAGCUGGGAGCAGGCCCCUGCCCUCAGUGGGCCCCUAAAGCAAUAGCACCUUAGGCCCCCUGCCCUCUUGGCACAAGAGGCCCAGGCCCUGGCUUGGGCUUAGUGCCCUUUAUUCACUGUCAAUAAAUCCGCUCAGACCAUUACA